AUACUCAGCAGAAUCAAACGCACAGUGCUCGAUGCUAUUCCAGCAGUAACAUAAACAUUCAGUUGUGAAUCAACGCUGCAGGUUGCAGUAUCGUGAGUUGUGCGAGUGCGCGUACCUAGUCCUGCGAUCAGCUGUUCUUCACGCCCACACAAUGGCCUACAAUAACAACAAAAACAAAGGGACUAAAAUAAAUCCCGAUUUAGUUAGGGAGCGAGAAAAGUGCACGUUUCGCAUCGAAGAGUUGACGAAUUAUAUUGACGGCUCGCAGGAGGCCACUGCCGAACGGCAUGCUCGAGAGCAAUACUUCUUGGACGACCCGUCAUUGCGGCCUUCCGAUGUGCCGUCCGAAUACCUCAGUCACAAAGAAAAGUAUGAGGAGGCAAUUCGCAUGUCCGUCGCGCUUUUUCGACGAGUCAAGCAGCUACAGAAUGAAAAAGGAGGAGCAGUUGAUAAUUACCGGCAAGUAUUGGGUGGAUCCUUAGGACCUGCUCUUCUUGCUGAUGGAAAUCCACUUGGUCUUCAUUAUGUCAUGUUCCUGCCCACAAUUUUGGGUCAGGGUACUCUGGAACAAACAGCUGAAUGGGUUCAAAAGGCAUGGAACUUGAACAUCAUUGGCACCUACGCACAGACGGAAUUAGGACAUGGUACAUUCAUUCGUGGUCUAGAAACCACAGCAACCUACGAUGAAAAGACUGAAGAAUUUGUUCUAAACAGUCCUACUCUUACCUCAUACAAAUGGUGGCCUGGUGGUUUGGGUCACGCAUCCAAUUAUGCUGUUGUUAUUGCUCAAUUAUACACUCAGGGUAAAUGCCAUGGUAUUCAUCCUUUUAUUGUACAAUUGAGAGAUGAAGAAACAAACAUGCCUUUAAGAGGUAUUAAAAUUGGUGAGAUUGGUUGUAAAUUAGGAAUGAACGUUACCAACAAUGGUUAUCUGGGUUUCGAUAACGUUAGAAUUCCCAGGAAUCAUAUGUUAAUGAAAAAUAACAAGGUUUUGAAAGAUGGGACUUAUAUUAAGGCACCUAGCAGUAAAUUGACUUAUGGUACAAUGAUUUUUGUAAGGGUUGUGAUUGUUGAAGAUGCAGCGCAGUACUUGAAGAAGGCUGUAAUUAUUGCUACACGAUACAGUGCGGUCAGGAGACAGUCGCAGAUCAAAGAGGGGGAACCGGAAACGCAAAUUAUUGACUUCGUCACCCAACAAUACAAACUCUUCCCAUUGAUAGCAACUUUCUUUGCUUAUUACCACUCUGCGAAGUGGUUAUGGAAUCUUUACAAUCAGAUUACCGGUGAGAUGGAAGGUGGUCAACUGGAUAGAUUACCCGAGUUGCACGCGAUUGCUUGCUGUUUGAAAGCUGUCUCCACUGCUGAUUGUUCUGCUGGAGUGGAAACUUGUAGAUUGGCAUGUGGAGGACAUGGUUACAUGAUUUCUUCUAAUCUUCCCACCACGUAUGGCCUUGUUACUGCUGCUUGUACCUAUGAGGGCGAGAACACUGUUCUUCUGCUACAGACAGCUAGGUAUUUGGUCAAGAGUUACCAGGCUUUCUUAGACGGUCAGAAACUAACACCGACAGUGUCUUAUAUCGAGAAAUAUAAGAAUGUUUCAACUCCACCGUUCCAAAAACGUGUCGAAUGGAUCAUUCAAGCGUUGGAAAAAGUUGCCGCUUGUAAAAUUGAGAAGGCGUACAACAACAUACAAAGACGAGUAAAGAAAGGUUUGGCCUAUGAACACGCUUGGAAUGAAACGAGUGUUGAGUUGGCGUCUGCUGCUGACAUGCACUGUCGCGCUAAUGUCCUUGCUAUCUUCCAAGACAAGGUGCAGUCUUCCAAACCCACAUUGUCCAAGGAACUUGGUGUGGUAUUGCAACAACUAUUAGAGCUGUAUUCUGUUUUCAUUGCGAUCCGAUUCAGCGGAGAUUUGUUACGGUAUACCAAUACUAUUGGGCAUGAUAUCAGUGAACUGCAGGCGUGGUUGGAGGAUCUUCUAGCUUGUAUUCGCCCGAAUGCUUUGGGGAUUAUAGAUGGUUUUGAUAUGCGAGAUGAAGUUGUGCGUUCUACGUUGGGUUCAUACGAUGGGAAUGUUUACGAGAGGCUUUUUAUUGAGGCGCAGAAGAGUCCACUGAAUCAAGAGCCUGUGAAUCAGUCAUUCCACAAACAUCUGAAGCCGUUCUUACAGUCUAACAUGUGAUUUAUAUUGUAUAUUGGUGUACUAAUUUACAGGGAAGUAAAAUGAGAUUAUUAUUUAGGCCAUUUUAAUACAUAUUGUAUAAACUUGUUGUAUUUUUAAUUUGUAAAUACACAUGUGCUUUUUAGAAA